AUGAGCUUGAGUGGAACGAAACGACCACGAACGCAAGCACAAGAUGCUGGAUUUGGGCCAGUGAUCCCUGGGUGCCGGAGUGUUCAGCAAUACCGAAAGCUAAAUCGAAUCGAUGAGGGCACUUAUGGUGUGGUUUACAGGGCCUGCGAUGUGGAGAGCGGAGAAGUUGUCGCCCUCAAGCAGCUGAAGCUGACAGCGGUUAAAUCAGACGAUGGCUUCCCAAGCUCUUCAUUGCGGGAAAUCUCCCUCCUGCUCGAGAUUCAGCACCCCAACGUCGUGCGAUGCCGGGAGGUUGUUAUCGGCAACUCACUGCAGCACAUCUUCAUGGUCAUGGAGUAUGUGGAGCACGAGUUGAAAGUUCUCCUUUCGAAGCACGUUUUUGCAAUCGCAGAGAUGAAGUGCUUGCUUAUCCAGCUGCUGCGUGGAGUUGGGCAUUUGCACCAGUGCUGGAUUUUGCACCGCGACCUCAAAACAUCCAACAUUCUCUUGGACAAGAACGGGGUCCUCAAGAUUUGUGACUUCGGCUUGGCACGUCAUUUUGGCCAGCCGCUGCGCCCCUACACCCAGCGUGUCCAAUCACUUUGGUACCGCGCUCCAGAACUUCUGCUUGGACAGAGGAUUUAUAGCAGUGAGAUCGACAUCUGGAGCAUUGGCUGUGUCUUUGGGGAGCUGUUGCUGCGUCGACCAUUGUUCGAGGGGAAGGCAGAGCUGCAUCAGCUGGGUUUGAUAUUCGGCUUGGCCGGCCUGCCCAGUGAGGAAUCUUGGCCGGGAUGCCAGGAACUGCCCAACUGGAAACUGGCAGACAGCUUCAAAGAUCUCCUUCCAGGCGCUCUUCCGCUGAAGUUGCCCAGCAGCACGGGUACUUUGUGGAGGCAGGCGUUUUCCUCCCAUGCAGACUGGCAAAGCGAUCUGCGCUGGGCAGAUGACGUGGCCUGCGUGCAGGACAACGGCACGUGGAAGCCCACGGUGACUGACGAAUCCGGAGAUGUUGAUGUGGUUUGCUUUCUCAACGAACCAUGCGCGCGCAAGGGUGCUUACCAAGUGCCACACUAUGUCGUUGAUGGAUACUACCACGAUGACGGACCGCCAGCUCUUGACCAAAUUGUGGAGUCCAGUCGCUUCCUUCAUGAGAAGCUGCAGGCUAAGAAGAAAGUCUUGGUGGUGUGUCCCGCUGGCGAGAAGUUUGCCUCGCACAGGGCCUUUUCGGCACUCUGCACCUCUGCAUAUCCCUUGCUGAUGAGAGGAUGCACCCUGGACGCCGCAGUGUCGGUUUGGACUGGGCAUGAAAUCGGUUUCCGGCAGCAUUCCUGGGCUCCACUGCACAAGCCAGCGCCUCCCAGACAGCUCUCUCUGCAAAAGUGUUUGGAGGCGUUGGACUUGGCAAUCAGGCGGAAAUGGUUGGAGGUGGAGCGUUUUCACUCGCGAGCAUUCGCUGAUUUGUGUGCUGAGUGGGAUGCUGCUUGGGUCAUUCCUGGCCAAAUUCUUCUUUUUGCUGAUCCCGUCACGACUGCAUUGGACCCGGAUCCUGCCACAGCCAGUCAUCUCGUCCCUCCAGACUCGCCGAACUUUUUCUCUUGGUUCGAGUCCAACGAAGUCACCACGUUGGUGCGACUGAACAAGGACAGAGAAUCAGGUCUCAACAAGAGCUAUGACCCAAACCUGUUCGUGGAACUGGGUAUGACCCAUAUUCAAGCAGCUUACGACGACACGCAGGGAGGUGUACCUCCAAAGGACGUGCUGAAGAAAGUCAUAGAUGGUUGUGACGGCGUCCAAGACAAGGCCAUAGCUUUUCACUGCAAGGCGGGCUUUGGGCGCUCUGGCGUUUGUGCUGCCGUCCUCGCCAUCCAGAGAUUUGAUGUUCCCGGCGAGCUUCUCUUACCUUGGUUACGCAUGUGCCGGCCUGGGACCAUCACGACAAUGCAACAGGCCAAAUUCUUGCAAGGGCUGCACGGCCGCGCUGAUGUGAGCAAAAUCAUGUCGCAGGCAGAUGAGUGUUGCACGAUCCAUUAA